CUAACAUGCAUUGCUUUGUUAUUGUAGUAAAACACCACACCCAUGGCACACGCCAUUGUUUCCAAGUCCUCCAAGUGGUUAUUCUCUAGCAAGACUACCUUCUUCCUCUUCUUCAAGUUAGCCUUUCCAUGUUUAACUCCUCCUCCUCCUCCCACAGACACAGCAUCUCAGUUAAUUAUGCCAUCCAAUUCCAACAUGCACAACACAAAAGAAGAUGACAAACUCAGAGACGUUUUUGAUCACUUGGACGUUGACAAAGACGGCAAAGUCUCAAGCAAGGAGCUCGUGGAUUAUUUGGGUUCGGUAGGCGAGUCGGUGAACCAUAAAGUGGCAAAGAAGAUUGUGAAUGAGUUUGACUCCGACGGGGAUGAGUUGCUUCAUUUUGGGGACUUCGUGAGACUGAUGAAGCAAGAGGACAAUGGCGACUUGGAAGAUGUUCUAAGGAGCGCGUUUGAGAUGUUCGAAGUUGAGAAAGGUUGUGGCUGCAUAACACCCAAAGGGUUGCAGAACAUGUUACACCAAUUGGGGGAAGUUAAAUCUCACCAAGAGUGCGAGGCCAUGAUUCGACCAUUUGAUCUUGAUGGCAAUGGAUUCCUUGAUUUCCAUGAGUUUCAGCAAAUGAUGUCACCGGUUCCUUGAUCCCACCUACUUUCCAAAUUCAACUUUUCUUUUUUUUUUUCUUUAAAAAAAUAUAUAUUUUCAUGUGAAAGCCAAAGUUGAAUCACAGUUUAAUACUCAAAUAAUUUAAAUGUAUGUCGCUAUGUAGUUUUAAAAUGUUAUUCCUGCAAAAAUUGUAUGCAUACUGAUUGAUGUGCGAUGUACAUAUAUUAUAUUAAGGAAAAUGUAAGAACAGAGUAACUUCUUGUGAACGUUAA